CCUGGCUGCCCGACGGCGCGAGCGGGCUAGCCCGGCUCAGGGGCUGCCCAGACAGGCGUGCUGUGCUGCCCGACGAGCGACGGCCGUGCGGCUGCCUCGGCUCUCGGCUCUCGGCCCAGGCCUGGGGCGCUGCGAGGUACCAUACCGAGGUAUAAGGUACUAUACCGAUACCUUAUUAGGCGCCGGCUCCAGCCGCGCCCCGCCAUAUUGCUCAGAUAGCUGCAAAAAAACAGUGCCGCAAGCAGCCGAGUGCAGCACGAGUGCUGGACAGCAGCGCUGCCGAGCGCUGAGGCUGAGAUGAGCGCCGCCGUCGACGCGGCCGCACAGUGGACGCCGCGCACGCCGCUCGAAGCCAUCGCCAGCGUCUGCAUCUGCGACGAAGAAGAUGACGACUACGCGUCCGACAAUUGGACGGCCGCGCGGUCGACGCUCGUCGCAAAGACGGCAAAGGUCCAGGGCGCCGAGCGCGUGCGCGUCGCCGGCGAUGCUGUGGUAAGAGGCGCGGCGGAGAUUAGGGGCGACGCGGGGCCCGUGGGUAUUGGGAGGUACGUGGACGUCGGUCCGCGAGUCUUGGUACACGGCGGCGCGAGCGUCGGCUCGCACGCGUUGCUCCAGGCGGACGCGGUCAUACAUGACGCUACAAUAGGCGUCGGGUGCGUUGUUGGGAAGGGCGCGGUCAUUGGGUCCCAAGCGGUGCUCAAGGAUUAUUGUGUGGUCGCGGCGGGCGCGGUCGUGCCGGAUCAUAGUGUCCUGGCGCCCUUCUCCAUCGUGGCGGGCGCGCCGUGCCGGCUGCUGGGCGCGGUGUCUCCCGCUCAGGCGGACGAGCGGCGGCGCGUCGCGGAGCUGGGCGCGGCGCGGCGGCGCGCGGCGGGCUAGCGAUCAUCGUGUGGUGUGUAAUGGUGUAGCAGUGUGAUUAAGCAGGGUGGGAACGGAGCACUGAAAUUCGCAAUG